UUUCCUCCUGAGAAACACACGGCGGAGGAGGGAAGACAGAGAGAGAGAGAGAGAGAGAGAGAGAGAGAAGGGGGUCACAUCAGAAAGUGCGACAGAGGAAAACAAGACAGAAAAGAGGGAAACAGAGGGACGCUGUAAGGAUUGUGGUUCUUGCUGUCAAUUACUGAGGUUAAUAAACAAGGAACAGUGCUAUCAGGAUGUUGAUGCUGGAUGGGAUGCCAGCCCUGCCAGUCAAAAUCGAUCCUGCAGAGUCACAGAGACGGUCUCCUGUGAUCCAUGACUACACUGAGAUGGGUGUUCUGGUGUUGAACCGCAGAUUUCGGACACCAUCAGAUGACAGACGAUUCCUGUCCGACCCCUUCCAGACGCAAACAGAGCCCGUGGACCUGUCCACCAACAGAGCCAGAACCUCCCCGUCCCUUUCAGCAUCCUCAUCUUUAUCCUCGUCCCCCUCAUCAUCCUCAUCAUCAAUACGAUUUUGUCCACGCUCUCCUCCUUCCAGCAAGUCCUUGUCAUCUUCAUCACCAUCAUCAUUAUCCAUGCCUUCGUCGUCCUCCACUUCGGUCAUAACCCCCGUUCCUCGUUUGAAGAUGUCUCCAGUGGUGGCCUCUCCCCCGUCCAGGAGUCUCAGGGGGCAGUCGUUUUUGCACAUACCCCAGCUGAUGCCUCCUUGCUCCAGCCCGGUCCACCUCCACCCACGCCGGGUGCCGGUGGUGGUGCAGCCCAUGCCUCUGGUCUACCCUGGGGUGGGAUCGCUGGGGAGCAGCAGACUCAUGAUGCCUCUGCUGGAGGAAAGCAGGAUGCAUAGGAAAGUCACACACCGAAUCGCAGACGGACUGUCUCCUCGGCGAUCUUUGAGUGACAGCGAGGAUGAUGACCUGCCCAACGUGACCUUGGAGAGUGUGAAUGAAACAGGAUCCACUGCCCUGACUAUCGCCCGCGCCGUGCAAGAUUCUCUGCUGCCGUUCAGCAUCGAGAGCCUGCGGAGGCCCAGGCCUUCAGAGUCACCCGACUCAAAGAGGAGACGUAUUCACCGCUGUGAGUUUGAGGGAUGCAAUAAAGUUUACACCAAGAGCUCUCACCUUAAAGCCCACAGACGCACACACACGGGUGAGAAGCCAUACAAGUGUACGUGGGAUAACUGCACAUGGAAGUUCGCUCGCUCUGACGAGCUGACGCGACAUUUCCGUAAACACACCGGGGUCAAACCGUUCAAAUGCAGCGACUGUGACCGCAGCUUCUCUCGCUCGGACCACCUCGCCCUGCACCGCCGCAGACAUGCCCCGCAGACAUGCAUAGUGUGAACAAGACGUUUGAUGGACAAUAGAAGCAGACAGAGCAGGUCUCUAUCUGCCAGUGUCGCGUGCAGAAGGUCUGGUAUUACUCCUCGCACAACAAGGAGAUGAAAGACAUGGGGAUUUGACAGGAAUGAGAGACCAUGUUGAAGAUGAGGUCCAUGUAUUGAGUUUCAUCUACAUUUAUAUACAUUUCCCUCAUAUGGUUUAUCUUCUGCACUUUUAUGUGAGGUUUAUUCAUAAAGGUGGGAGCCACAGAGUCUUAUGCUAACUAUGAAAAGCCAUGUGCAGUUAAAGGUGCUGAUGCGAUUUUUUACACAGAAAUAGUAUAGAAUUAGCAAGAAACUAUUUUCAGAAAACAUAAAUCAAAAUUGUGACUUUUGGCCGAAAGGGGGCGUGGCCCGAUUGGAGGGGGUGUGGCCAAGUUGCACGUUUGUUUUGUUCUAAUAUGAGAUCUGAUAGGCUAUCAUCUAGUGGUUGAAAAUCGUAUAUAGCACCUUUAAAUGUAUUUGAUUCAACAAACCUUCAGGUUUCCUUCAGGUUUACUCAUGGAAGCCUUUUAGAACUGCAUAUCACAAUAUUUACAAAUCAUUUUGCAAUACUUAUUUUUGUCUAAAAAGCAUCGCAGAGGAGCCUAAAUCUGUUCAGUGAGGGCUUUGGUUAUGCAAUUAGCAAAUAAAAGUCACUUUGUGAAGAAAAAAAAAAUAAUUUACUAUUUGCAGGGUAAAAAAUGGCAUGGCUGUCAUUGUGUAGGAAAAAGACAUGCACACACAUGCACACACAAGAAAAACAUGACAUUACGUGACGUUAUCACAAUUCACAUUCUAGCUUCAAAUUCUGCAUGGGCUCCAGUUAUCACUUUAUUAUGAAUCUGAAAUUGUUGUUUUAUAUAUAUAUAUAUAUAACUGAAUGUGAGGAGACAACCGUACCAUUGAUGUAGUGUUCUGUCCUCUCAGGACAUUAUCUCGCACCGUUUUAAAUUUUCCUUGCAUCAUUUGUGCACAAAACUAGUGUAGCAGAUGUCUGUAUAUUUUAUAGUCUCUACCAUGUGGUAUAUAAUUUUUGUUUGUUUGUAUUGUAUGUCAUAUAUUUGUUCUGUAUUCCGAGAUUUGCACCCUUCUGUCCAUAAAUAUGUGAUGCCAAAAGUAUUUUACGGGGAACCCAGUGACUAAAAAUCAUGAGUGUAAAUGAUCGUCAAAUGGGCAUUCCUUUUUAUUUUUAAUUUUUUUUUUCUCUUCUACAAUGAUGUAUCUGUAAAUGAUGUUAUGGUAAACAUUUCAGUUUUAUAUGGAUUUAACUGUGAAUUUAUACAUAAAUACAGUAUAUGUUAGAAACAAGGCAUGAAUAAAAGCACAGAUUUGUAUGUACA